CAGUACUUCCUCCAUCAUAGCCUUUACUAUAUUGUAAUUGAGUUACUUGUUUGUAUCUCCUACUGAACUGUAAAUCUCUUGAUUCAAAUAAACAAAUGUGUCAAUUGCUUGAGUACUUUUUUCACAUAGUUCACAAUUUUUCAUUUUUCCAAACCAAAACAUGGAAGAACUGAGAAGUAAGUUAUUAAGGCUCAGUAACCUAGAGGUCAUAUUAUGCAAGGGGCAUGCUGUGGCCAUCAACAACAGGUUCCACUGGUUUAUGAGGCCUUGUCUGAGGCUUCCAGAGGGUUCAGGAUGGUCUGGUAUCACUCUGGCCUAGCUCCAUUUGGAAGGUCUAGUCUCUACCCAAACCCCAGAAUGACACCAUAAUGCAGCCCUCUCUGACAUAAGCUUGUAACUCUGCUUGCCACAUAAUCAGUAUCCUGAUGUCUCCUAGCAGUGGCCCAUGGAAAUAACACUGUCUUCAAUGUAAAAAUAUGCCUAUUACAGUCACUGCCUCUACCACCACCACCAGCAGAGCCUGAGCUGAGGAAACCACGGUUCUCACUACCCAGAGCAUCCCUUUCCAAUAAUCUGUGAAAACAUGGUGGAUUACUAUGAAGUUCUAGGAGUGCAGAGAUAUGCUUCACCUGAGGACAUUAAAAAGGCUUAUCGUAAAGUGGCACUUAAAUGGCACCCUGAUAAAAAUCCAGAAAAUAAAGAAGAAGCUGAGAGAAAAUUCAAAGAAGUAGCUGAGGCAUAUGAGGUAUUAUCAAAUGAUAAAAAACGGGACACUUACGAUAAAUAUGGCAAAGAAGGAUUAAACGGCGGAGUCGAAAGUCAUUUUGAUGCUUCUUUUGAGUAUGGCUUCACAUUCCGUAAGCCAGAUGAUGUCUUUAAAGAAAUUUUUGGUGAAAGGGACCCAUUUUCAUUUCAUUUCUUUGAAGACUCACUUGAGGACCUUUUAAACAGUCCCAGAAGCUCCUACGGAAGCAGAAACAGAGGUGCAAGAUCCUUUUUCUCUACCUCCAGUGAAUAUCCAAUUUUUGAGACAUUUUCUUCAUGUGAUACAGGAUAUAUACCAUAUGGUUUACUGGGUCAUGAGGGCCUUAAUUCAUUCUCUUCCCUGGCAUUUGAUGAUAGUGGGAUGGGCAACUAUGUAUCUGUAACAACUUUAGGUAAAAUUGUUAACGGCAGAAAUACCAAUACAAAAAGAAUUAUUGAGAACGAUCAAGAAAGAGAAGUUGAAGACGAUGGUGAGUUGAAGUCUUUCCUUAUAAAUGGUGUGGCAGAUGAAGAGGGCUUUGCAGAAGAAUGCAGCUGGAGAAGACAGUCAUUCAACAAUUAUUCACCAAAGUCCUACAGCCCCAAACAUGUAUGUCAAUAUACUUUUGUGGACAAUGAUGAGCAAGGAAUACCUUGGGUCACAAGCAACUGGGAUCCCUCUAUGUUCUCAGCAGGAUUCAAAGAAGGUAGUAAAAGGAAAAAAAAGAAGCAUAAAGAGGUGCAGAAGAAGAAGUCAACCAAAAGGAAUCAUUAAAUUGACUCUUCAGACACAUUAUGUUAAUAUAACAUUUGAACA